AUGUCUACUAAGUCUGGCGAACCCCUCUCUAACGCUGCCCAAGAGCUGCUGCAGCUUGAGGAGAAGUACUCCGUCGGUGGUUUCGCGCCCACUCCAGGCUUCCUUGUGUCAGGCAAGGGUUCCACCCUCAUUGAUGUCGAUGGAAGGGAAAUCAUCGACUUUGUCACCAUGUUUAGUGCCACCAACAUUGGACAUGGCCACCCCAAGCUGAUCGAGGCUGUUGUCGAAACCAUGCGAAACACUACCCUUAUCAACAUGUCUACUCAUUACGCCGGAUGGCCGAAAUUGGCCAAGGAGCUUUGUGAGCGAUUUGGCUACGACAAGGUGACAGCCAUGGUUUCAGGCGCUGAAGCUGCUGAUACUGCUUGCAAAAUUGCUCGCAAGUGGGGUAUUGUACACAAGGGAAUUGACCCAGAGGAGGUUCUCGUUCUUGGAACCUCUGACAAUUACCAUGGCUUGACCUCCGGCAUCUGGCCCAUUAUGACCCCUGGGAGCCAAGAAGGCUACGCCGUGUUUAGUAAGAAUAUCACCAACCGACACCCCCGGACGGGCGAGCUGCUCCGAUACGGCCACGUCGAAGACUUUGAGGCUGUGUUUGAGGAGUUCCAUGGCCGAAUUAGUGGCGUCAUUAUGGAGUGUAUCCAUGGAAAGCUGCCUACCUUUCAGGAGGAGAUCGACUUUGCCAGCGGAGUCCGCCAGCUGUGCAAAAAGUACAACAUUCUCUUCAUCUCUGAUGAGAUACGAAUGGGUUCCGCCAAGACUGGAAAGUUCCUCUGCAGUGAUUGGCUGGGUCCUGAGAGUAAGCCUGAUAUGAUUACUCUGGGCAAGUCCAUCACUGGCGGAGCGUUCCCGGCUUCAUACAUUCUUGGAAACAACCAGGCCAUGUCACUUGUUGAGUCGUUCCAAACUGGAGGUACCUUUACCAUGGCCCCUGCAGCUGUUGCAGCCACCACCGCAGCCUUGAAGAUCUACGAUGAGGAGAAGCUUUGCGAAAAGGCUUUCGCGAUUGAAGCCAAGUGGAAGGAGGCUACAUCCAAGUGGAACUACCCAUGGAUCAAGUAUGUCACCUCUCGAGGCGCCGACAUGAGCAUUGCGACCGAGCAAAAGUAUGGCACUGUCACCCCUCGUCGUGUUGCGAGACUUGCGUGGCAGAAGGGGCUGUUCAUCUAUCCCACCAAAGCCGCCAUUCGUGUGCACAUGGCGUUGACCAUCUCCGACGAGGAGCUGGAGAAGGGAUUGAGUAUCUUGACAAACGUGAUGGAUGAGAUUGAGUCGUACGGAGAUAUUCCUGGCUCUACCCAUCCGUCCGAUGAUGCUAAGCACGGGGGGUACUAG